AUGGACUUCGAAUCCUUCAGUCAGAAAAAUGCGGGAAGUGGACCUCUGCGACAGGACAAGACACUGCAGCCUCAAAAUGGUCAAGCCAGUCCUGAAGCCAAACCUUCCCAUCAUCGAAUUGUCCUUGCCGAUCCUGUAGCUUUCAGAUACCUGAACAAAGAUCCAUCGACCAAAAGCUUGGUAUACAGAGAGCGGCUACAUGGGUACGAGCUCUACGCGGUUGAGCAAUGGGCAUGCUCCAGAAAACAUCCGACAUUCGUGAUAGUCACGUACACAGGACAGGAACAACAUUCGGUUGUAUGCUAUGUCUUAAGCGUACCUGCAGAUGAAGAGAUGUGGUCCCCAAGACUCCGAGUCUACAUAAAAGCUGUCAGAAGGUAUCAUGCACGGGCGAAAGAGACACCUUUAGGGACGAUGAUGGUUACAAAUUUGAGUUCCUUCCCUUCAGCUCUGACCGUGGUCGCAAUCCCAGACGGCGACCUGAGGAGUCACAGAGAAGCUUUCGUUCUCAAUGAAGAUCUGAAGCGUCUGGGAUGUACUGGCCGUGCUGGAUUGAACCUCUCGCCUCCGAUCGGGGCUACCCAAGCAAAAUUCAGGGAGCUAUAUCAUACGAGCGAGCAGAUACCAAUCGCUCCAUCGGUGGUAGAACUAGUCAAAUUAUGUCAGGCUGCGCUCAUGAUCUUUGGAAAGCUUCCUGCGGAGUAUGCAGAUGGACUGCUCUGUGACGUUACAGAGGAAAAGAUCAGUGAUUGGUGGGCAGACAUUGGAGCAGACUUUUUUGAUAUAGAUGCUACUGAUGGUAUACUUGGGCCUACGACGGUCGCAGCGUUACUUGGGCUUCUUAUGGGUGCUAGAGGUCGACUACAUUCGUAUGGCGCUCCGGUAGCCAAAGAUGUCUUCGAUAUAAUCGCCACCAAAAAGCGAGCGAUCUCAUAUUUUCAAAAGUCGCAGAAAUUGGAACGGACGCGCAGGCUCGAUCAUCGGACUCUCGAUCGUUUGCAUAAAGUGACAGCCAAAGCAGCUAAUUCUGAAGGACGAGCUGUCCCACGUGUCGUCAAAUCAACGGUCGCCGAGCUGAGCGGCAAGGGUAGAGACCUGAUUGACGGCAGAGAAGGUGCAAGUAUCGUCGACAUCGAGACCUUCGACAUCGACGAAUUCAUCAAGCUAGGUUAUGGGGAACGUUUCAAGUGGCUUUGGCAUGGCAAGCCGCGCAAGCAUGAGACAGACUUGCUGACUGGCCUUGGCGACGACCUCGUCUUCAAUGGCGAUGAACAAGGCGGAGGUUGGGUCAGUAGCAAAAAGCGAGGAUCCGUUGAUGAUGAUAUCUCCGUGCGGCAGACAUUGUCAGACCGUUUGUACAUGACAUCACAUGGUUCACAAACAAGUCUUGAUCACGUUCAGCCACAGUCAUUGAGGAAGGCUGCGGCAAGGAAUAUCGCUGGUAAGCAUGAUUCUAGAAGCGGCUUGGGCAAGAUCCGUGAUGCAGUAGCAAGACGAGGACAUCAUCAUAGAAUGUCCAAGGACGCGGAUGCUUUUGAUAGCCAAAGCUCAAGAUUGAUGACCCCGCGAGAUAGCUUAGAGCAGGCUCGAGACGACAUUUUUGACACAAACAACAGCAGGAAACCAGAGUUUGACUCCGGUAGCCAAAGUCGUUCUGGCUCGCAAAGAUCAUCCCCCCGAGACAGUCGAAUGAUGGGGGACAGUCAGUCGAAGACUAGGCUGCAGAAGUCAGUUUAUGGAGACGGUUCCGCUGCUUCCUACAGUCUGUCAAGCUCUAGCGUCGAUAAUCCGAUCACGAAUGACGACAGUGAGGUGAAUGAGAAUUACGUCAAACUUCUUAAUCAGGCCGAUGGCAUUACUUUCAGAGAUAGAGCGCACCGACCGAAAAUGCCCGAUCGGGACGGAACCAUGACUGUUGAUGACAUGCAGGCAGUAGACAACAUGGAAAGCUUUGAUUGGGCUGCCUCCAAAUUGCCCGGAUUGCGAGCAACAAGGAGUAUGUCCACACUCUUCAGGAAAGCAGCCGGCAAGCAUUGGGAGCGCCGUUAUCCCCGUCGGAUGUCUUUCUCGAUUAUGUCUGACGUCCUUGCUCACGAUUUGAGUGGUGACGACGACGACGAAAGUAUGGAUCCUGAUGCUCUACUAGCCCAUGAACUUCUUGCCAUACUAAGGGAUCGACGCAUGGAUGACAAGUUGUAUAAUCUCAAGAACCAAGAAUCAAAUUGGAUCGAGUCCAAAAUAGGCCUCCUCGAGUCGUACGACGAACAAAGCGGCAAGACACAAUCCAAGAUAGACGAAUUUUACCAUCAAAAGGUGAACGAAAACCAUAGUUUGCAUAAAUCCAUCGAGGCUUUGAUGACUGAAAAGAAGGGUGCGUUGACGGACGGGAUGAAAGACAUCGAGAUUCUGGAAGCCAAGCUCGAGUAUGAGCUGCAAGCUUUACAGUCGAAAGUCGAGGACGCAGAAGAUGGUGUAGAUGAGUUUGAGAGACAGAUACUGCAGCUCGAAGCCAGGGCUGCGGAGCUGGAUGAGACGCCUCCGCAAAAGCCGUCCAUGUUGCGGACAGUAAUGGGGCUUGGAGUUCUUUGA